AGUCCAAGGCACUGCGGGAGCGCUGGCUGCUGGAGGGGACGCCGUCCUCGGCCUCGGAGGGGGACGAGGACCUGAGGAGGCAGAUGCAGGAGGAUGAGCAGAAGACACGGCUGCUGGAGGACUCGGUGUCCAGGUUGGAGAAGGAAAUUGAGGUGCUGGAGCAUGGAGACUCUACCCCAGCCGCGGCCAAGGAGAACGCGGUGGCCCCGAGCCCGGUCCGGGCGCCGGCCCCGAGUCCAGCCAAGGAGGAGCGCAAGACAGAGGUGGUGAUGAAUUCACAGCAGACCCCGGUGGGCACACCCAAAGACAAGCGAGUCUCCAACACGCCCGUGAGGACGGUUGACGGCUCCCCCAUGAUGAAGGCAGGUGGGUUGGUCCCCCAGGCUCUGGGCCCCAGAUCCAGCCGCCAUCGGGCCAAGUCUCGGUCCUGGAGGGCCGGGUGGGGUGGGGGCGACACCGACCUGCUCUCCGCAGCGUCUGGCCGGGCUGUGGUUUACGCUGGCAUCGACCCCUCGGACGGUGUUAACUCAGAGGUCCUGGAAGCCAUACGGGUGACCCGUCACAAGAACGCCAUGGCAGAGCGCUGGGAAUCCCGCAUCUACGCCAGUGAGGAGGAUGACUGA